AGCAUCCAGCAAAAUUCAUUUAGAGCUAAGUUUGUGCGCAGCGCGUGAAGUGAAAAAUGCAAUGAAAAUGCUUCAGGUGCAGUAGAGAGCACGACAAAAUGGUUUUUGUGUUUAUAUUUGAAUCGCUGAUGAAAUGAAAGUUGCAAAUCUACCAAAAUAUAUGUGCCACAAAUAAACCACAGCAGCGCCGUAAAGUGCGUAAUUAAAUAAUUGUCUGCUAUGCUGGUUUGUGAUUGUGUGUGUGACGGAAUUUAUUAAAUUUCGCGAAAAUUCAAUAUUUGCACAGCCGCCCAGCGCCGACGUCGUACGUGCGCGCACCAUUGACGUCACAGCCGCUGCGCGUCAGCUGUUAAAGUGACACCCCCUCCCCCUCACUCCAGUCGACAACCAUGCUGCAGCUUGUUGCAAGCAAGUGAACAAUUCCGUGAAACAAUAUGGAUAGCUCCAUGUAUUAUAAAUCUCUGCGCGACAGCGCUGCCGAUGCCGCAAAGGCGGUCGUCACAGAGGCCGCUGUCGUCGUCAGCAGCAGCAGCGCCGCAACGCCACGCGUCGAGGAUGGCGGCGUCUCCAUGGACAACUUCUACCCGGCUUUGGUGCAGUGCUUUGGCAUUAUCAUAUGCGGCUAUAUAGCCGGUCGAUUUAAGAUAAUCAGCAAUGCGGAAACCAAAGGAUUGGCCACAUUUGUCGGCACCUUUGCCCUGCCCUCGCUCAUAUUUCUGUCGCUGGUGGAGCUCAAUUGGCGCGCGGUCAACUGGACCUUUAUGCUGGCCAUGCUCAUCUCCAAGGCGAUUGUCUUCUUUGCCGUGCUCAUCAUUUGCCUGCUGGUGGCGCGACCCCUGAACUAUGCCCGCGCCGGCCUGAUGGCCAUUUUUUGCACGCAGAGCAACGACUUUGCCAUUGGCUAUCCCAUAGUUAUGGCUCUCUAUAAGGAUGUGCAUCCGGAAUAUGCCUCGUAUUUGUAUCUGAUGGCGCCCAUUUCGUUGGCAAUACUCAAUCCCAUUGGCUUGGUCCUCAUGGAGAUUAGCAAGAUUAUCAAGAACAAGGAGGAGGUCAGCCGCAAUCCGCCGCUCUGCCCGGAAACCUGCCCCGCCGAGCAGCUGAGCAAGCAGCGUCGUUGCCUCGGCGAGAACACAAUACUCGUCUGGAACACAAUCAAGUCGCUGUUCUUCAAUCCCUUGCUGCUAAUGACAUUGCUCGGCGUUGGAGCCGGCUUUCUGUUUCCCAAGGGACUGCCCGAGAUGGUGGCCAGUGUGCUGCGCGUCUUUGGCCAGAGCUUCUCGGCCACGGCGCUCUUUCUGCUCGGCCUCAAGAUUGUCGGCGGCGGCACGGGCGCAGAACGCAAAACCAUGGGCAUGGGCCUGCUGCUGCCCAGCGUGCUCAUCUUGGUCAAGAUCUUGGUGCUGCCGCUGGUCUGUCGCCAGACUGUCAACAUUAUACAGGCUGGCGCGAACUUUAAUGACACCACGGAGCUGAGCACCUUUGGCUUUCUCUAUGGCACUUUUCCGGCGGCGCCCGGCGCCUUUGUCAUUGCCACGCAGUACAACGUGGAAGUGGAACUGAUUGCUCGCAGCAUGGUUUUAUGCACGUUUAUCUCGGCGCCGCUUAUGUUCAUAUCUGCCAAGAUGAUAUCGUUGACCAAUUUGAAGCCCUUGGACUAUUUGCACGAGCUGGACGCGUUCUCCUUUGACAUAAGCGUUGCCGGCGCCGCAGCCUGCUGCUGGAUGCUGACCCUGUUGAUUGUGACGAAACGCUUUAAGCGCAUGCCGCAGCGCAUAACAGCCUGCCUGGUGCUGUCCCAGCUAAUGUGCUGCAUUGGCGUCAUACUCUGGUCGAAGCUGGACCAUGUGGAGCGCUGGCCUCUGUACUUGCAAUUCUUUCUGUUCAACAUUGGCACCUACAGCUCGCGCUUGUGGACGGCCCUUCUGGCCAUUACGCUGCUCUUCCUGCAGUGUCGCAGCCUGUGCUUUGUUCUAAAGCUGUGGCCCUAUAUGCUGGUCUUUGCCUGGGGCGUGCCGGCGCUUAUCUCCAGCCUGCUGAUUGCCUUCGACUCGAAAUCCAUGCCCAGCGAGAAACAGAAUCCCAGCUUUCAAUACGGCAAUGCGCAGGCGGCCAUUGCAGUUUUUCUGCUCGUCAUGUGCUUCAUAGUUACCGUGGGCUGCCUCGUGCUGCAUCAGCGCUACAAGAAGCGCUAUGAAAAGUAUCUGACCUAUUCGCGUGAUAUAUCCAAUCCGGAUUCGGCAUCCGAUUUGCAAUCGGCUGUUUCGACGGCCAAUUUAUUAGCCAACACGGAUCGUUCCUCGCUUAGGCAGAGCGUGCGCACGACUUCAUACUCCUCCUCGUCCGAUGAUGAUGAAAUGAUAACCACGACUGUUGUGCCGGAGAACGUAGUCAACGGUGGCUGCAAUUCGGGCAGCGGCAAUUGUUGUUCCACCUCAACGGUGACGACGCCCACAACAACAUCUACCGUGGUUAUGGAUAUAGAGGAUUUAUUAAGUCGCAGUAGACAACGCAACGUUAUGAAGGAUUUGGAUAAAAUAGAUAGCGCGCCCGCAACUGAAACCCACAUGUGCAGCAGCUCGUACAACUGCGGCCCGAGCACCUCGCGUCAGAGCUGCCAGAAUAUCAUAGAACGGUAUGAGGAGCAGACGCGCAGCGGGCUGGAGCCACUGGAGCAUACCAGCGACUCCGAUGAGCAUCAAACACUGAAGCACACAAUCCUAUUGAUCAUAUUGCUUUGCUCGAUGUUUGUCGGCCUGGCCGUGUCCAUUUGGACGCUGGUCAUGGAGGGCAUGUCGGGCAUCUAUCUGGAAUUGAGUUUUCUCGAUGCGUUCCUCAACUUUGGACAGGGUUUGAUUGUGCUGGCUGUGUUUAUCAGUGACACGGGCGAGCUGCUGAUGCCGCUAGUCAAGUUCUGGCGCAAAAUAUGGUAUGGCGCCAAUGUCGUCAGCUUGCCCCACUGGUCGAAUCUGCGUCCCGAAACCAAACAAAUAUGCGAGCAAUUUCGCAAUCAUCACUUGGAGAACUGCAAAAAGGAUAUUGCCAAGGACAGACGAUGGCGCAUUCGUGUCUAUCGCAAGGUGUUCUAUGGCAGCGAAUUUGUCAGCUGGCUUAUUGAGGUGGGCCUCUCCAAGGAUCGCAUGGAGGCCGUGCACUAUGCACGUCAUCUUGUUGACGGUCGCGUUCUGCGACACAUUAACAAUGUUUAUCAUUUCGAGGAUAAACAAUUGCUUUAUAAUUUCUGCAGUCGCAUCUAGGCGACAAAAUGUGGAAAAUGCAACGACGCCAAAUUUUAGUUCGUUUAUUUGUUUAUUAUGAUUUAAGUGAGAAUCUUGUAAUUUGUGUGCUGUGAUUGUACGCUGGGGGGGUUAGCACAACACUCUCGCCCACACACAUACACACACACACAUCCACACACACUUGUACCGACAGCCAAGUAUCCAGUGUGUGUGCGUGUGUGUCUGUCUGUGUUUGUGUAUAGGAAAAUUUGUUGAAUGUCUAUUUAUACAAACGAUUAAUUUGCUUUGACAUUUGUUUACACAAUAAGUAGUUAGUUAAUUUAGUAGCUAAAGUUUUGAGCUAUAGUGCAAUAGUCUAAAUCAUAAGCAAAUAACCAAAAUAACGAAGAAGCUUCUGUGUCACAAGCUAACGACAUAAAUACUGUGCAUAAAACGUGUGAAACCAUAUACAAAUUUAUAAUUAAAAGCAAAUGCAUAUAUAUCCUAUCUUGUAUGCAGAAUUCAUACACGCAAA